AGCAAAAGACUUUAAUAGAAUUCUUAUUCUCAUCCCUCACAUCAUAUCACAAUGGCUGCCACCAAGGAUUUCCGUCUUGUCUGCCUGGAGAACCCUCUUCUUGACAUCCAGGCCGUUGGUGACGAGGCCCUGCUGAAGAAGUACAACCUCAAGGCCAACGACGCCAUCCUCGCCGAGAAAGAGCACCUCGGCCUCUACGAGGACCUCCUCAACAACUUCGACGCCAAGCUCAUCGCCGGCGGUGCUGCCCAGAACACGGCCCGUGGCGCCCAGUACAUGCUGCCGCCCAACAGCGUCGUCUACUUUGGCGGCGUCGGCAACGACAAAUACGCCGCCACGCUGCACGAUGCCGUCAAGACUGCCGGCCUGCGUGUCGAGUACCGCGUGGACGAGCAGCAGCCCACCGGCCGAUGCGGCGUCGUCAUCACCGGCCACAACCGCAGUCUCUGCACUGACCUAGGUGCUGCCAACCACUACGACCUGGACCACCUGAAGAAGCCCGAGAACUGGGCCCUCGUUGAGAACGCCGAGGUCUUCUACAUUGGAGGCUACCACUUCACCGUCUGCCCUCCCGCCAUCAUGGCCCUUGCUGAGGAAGCCGCUGCAAAGAACAAGAUCUUCGCCGUGUCUCUCUCUGCUCCCUUCAUCCCCCAGUUCUUCAAGGAGGUCGUCGACGCCAGCGCCCCCUACUGGGACUACAUCAUCGGCAACGAGGCCGAGGCCGAGGCCUAUGCUGUGGCCCACGACCUUCCUUCCAAGGACCCCAAGGACGUAGUCAAGGUUUUGGCCAACCUUCCCAAGAAGAACACCCAGAGGAAGCGUAUUGCCAUCGUCACUCAGGGCACCGAGCCUACUCUGGUCGCUAUCCAGGGCGAGGACGAGGUCAAGGAGUUCCCUGUCCGCGCCAUCGACUCUGCUCUCAUCAACGACUGCAACGGAGCUGGUGACGCCUUUGCCGGUGGUCUUCUGGCUGGUGUUGUCCAGGGCGAGUCCCUGGAGCAGUCCAUUGACAAGGGCCAGUGGCUGGCUAAGCUAAGCAUUCAGGAGCUUGGUCCCUCAUACCCCUUCCCCAAGCAGGCAUACUCGGCAUCUUCUUAAAUUGAAUUUGCGAUAGCACAUUGCUCUUAUCGAUCCAUUCCCACGGCUGGGAUGGAAAGGAAUUGGCGUUGAGGGAUUAAAACGGGGGGCAUAGGUUUCAACAACGGCGUUUUGCAUCAAUAAGGUAGAGAGUCCAGAAGCAGCGGGCUCCCUUUGCAUCCUUGCAUACCAGGUCGGCAUCCUCCACGAUACAUGACCAUUCUUGUCUUUGAUUUCUGUUUUUCGAUUCUUUUCAACCUAUUUCAUGAUAAAUGAUAGACCAGAUUUUACCAAGCAUCACGAUAAUCUCGAUUUUUGGAUUGAAUAUCAAUUUCAUUUACCUAUCUAGGUUCUUCCCUUGACUUUGCUCCAAGUACCAAAAACAUUGCCAGAGCCAUCCUCAAGUCG